AUGUUGAAUGCCUUGUAUGGUAUUGGUCAAAAAGUUGAAGCCCAUGAAUUGUCCAUAAAUCAUCUUAAGGAGCAGAUGAAAGAGUUGUCCACCACAGUGAACACAUGCCUACCAGUCACUCAUCUGAGCAACAUCAUACAGAAUCCAAAAGACAAUUGGCAUUAUAUGGUAGUCACUACUCACGGGGGUAAGAAAACUAUGGAUCUACCAAUGUCGUCUAAGGUGGAAGUUGAUACGGGUAUAGAUGAUGAUGUGGUUGAGAAGGGGAGAGUUCUCCAUGAUGUUCUAAGUAAAACUACUUCCUCUUCAUGGAUCAGAUGUUGGAUAGACUUGCAGGAAAGGGGUGGUAUUGCUUCCUUGAUGGCAUUUGGAGAGUUGAAGAAUAAGUUUGUCUCUGCACCCAUCAUUAUUGUUGCAGAUUGGGGGGAACCUUUUGAGGUCAUGUGUGAUGCAAGUGGGUUGGCGCUUGGAGUUGUAUUGGGGCAGAGGCGUGAGAAGAUGCUUCACCAUAUUUAUUAUGCAACCAAAGAUCUAAAUGCAGCCCAAACAAACUACAUCGUUAUUGAGCAAGAGUUUUUUUGCAGUGGUGUUUGCAUUCGAGAAGUUUUGAUCUUAUUUUCUUGGGACCGCUAUCAUAGUGCACACGGACCACUCGGCUUUGAGGGCAUUGCUUUUAUGAGGCCAUUUGUGAGUUCAUAUGGGAUGAAGUAUAUUCUGGUUGUGGUUGAUUAUGUAUGGAAUUGGGUGGAAGCAAUUGUGCUCCCCUACAAUAAAGGAAGGAGUACCACCACAUUCUUGAAAAAGAACAGCUUCUCCAGAUUUAGUACCCCAAGGCCAAUAAUUUAUGACGGGGGUUCACACUGUUGCAGUAAGUUUUUUAAAAUACUUGUUGAUCAUAAGUAUGGUGUCCGGCACAAUGUAUCCACUCGUUACCAUCCACAAACUACUGGACAAGUUGAAGUUUCAAACAGAGAGAUAAAGCAAAUCUUGGCAAAGAUUGUGAAUGCCAAUAGAAUGGAUUGGUCAAGCAAGAUUCAUAAUGCUCAAUGGUCCAAUCACACUCCAUACAGGACUCUCAUAGGUAUGUCUCCCUAUCAACUUGUAUAUGUGAAGUAUUGUCAUUUGCCGGUAGAGCAAGAGCAUAAGGCUAUGUGGGAAAUGAACAAGCUAAACUUAGAUUGGGGCGAUGCAUCAACUCAAAGAGUGAAUGACCUGUAUUUACUCAAUGAGUUUCGCCUAGAAGCCUAUGAACGUGCAACCUUGUGUAUAGAUAAGAUGAAUAAGUACCACGAUAAAUGGAUUAAAAAGUGA